AUGCAUCACUACAACAGACCGAAGACAAACCUUACGCCAUAUCUGUCUCAGCUUGAACACUUUACUUACCCUUCGACUUUCCUCUCUCCUUCACACAAACAGCCAAGCCAAAAGAGCUUCAAGACAAAGGUCACUUUGGCCAAGGCAUCCCGCCAAAACCGCCCAAUCCCACCAUGGUUCCGCAUGAAGACUGACAACAAGAUCCAAUACAACAAGAACCGUAGACAUUGGAGACGUACUAAGCUCGGUAUCUAA